UUUACAAUGAAUCUACCACUUAACUUGAACUAUUUUAGUGAUCAAAAUGAAAAAUGAAAUUGUCACUAAUAAGACCAAGUAUCGUUGAAAAUUAAGAGCUAAACCACUAGCCAUGAAUAAGAGACUUGCAUUCUUUUCUUUUCUUCCUUUGAUAUGGAAGAAUGUAACCUGCCAGGAGUAUGAAGUUACAGAUAUCUACUGUAGAAAUGGUGACACACAGCUUCUAAGAGCUGUAUUAAGGAAACCAGUUGGAUUUAAAGGAGUUCCAAUCUUUGCUGAUGACAGAUCAACAAACCCUCUCACUAGUGUGAGUUGUCAAAUCAGACCAGAUAUAUCUAGUGACGGGUUAAGUUACAGCCUGAUAGUCAACGAUUUCUCAAGAUGCGGGACUAUUGUUAGAAACAGUUUCAUCAAUAUCAGGGUUUGGUUUCCCCAGCUGCCAGGUGUUGUAAUGUCCACCGACAAGGAAGUGAUUAUCAUGUGUAAACCUCCGGAGUCUACUCUUCCUCUAAAUCAACAAGAAAGUGCUGAAGAUUACAACUUGGACUACAUGGUUUCCCUUUAUAAAGAAGCUGAGAAGGGUUCUACGAGAAGAGAGAAGAAUAAAGCAGUUCCUAUUGGUACAAUGCUUCAGCUAAGAGCAACAAUUAACACAAACUCAGUGUGGAAGCAUAUAAAACUGCUCGAGGUUAGCCUAUCCCCCAGUAAGAAGGAUCCGAAUGCGUUUGGUCACGUGAUGCUUGUUCAGGAUGGGUGCAGAAUUGAAGAGUUUUCCAGUAUAGUUCCAGACCAACCUAAACUCUCGACUAACUCAACUGGAGAGGUACAUCUUGAUUUUGAGGCGGUUAUGCUUGAUGCUAACCGGGACAAAACUAGCCAGGUCUGGAUACAUGCACGUAGUAAAGCUUGCAGAGAUCUUGUUGGAUGUGAACCCUCAUCAUGUUCUCCGAGUACUAGACCCAGGGGACGGGGUAGAAGGGAAACUAGAGGGGUGGAGAAGGACGAGAAGAAAGAGAUGGAGGAGAAUGAGGACAAGAAGGAGAUGGAGGAGCAGGAGGAGGACAAGAAGGAGAAUACUCUUACAGGAGUUGGAACCAUCCUCCCCUUUGUUCCCUUGGAGCGAAGAUUUCAAGUUAAAAAAGAACAAAUUCUCCAGGGUGGUUCAAAACUCAUCAACAGUAAAGGAAUUAUUGUGAAGAACUCCGACAGCAAUGGCUCCAACAGUAUACGAAUAUUAAAAAACUAUGCUCUCAAGAAAAGUCCGUCUGCAAGAGAAAAAGAAAUAAGCGCCAGGGCAGAAACUAUUGAAGGAAGAGAUCUUGCUUCCAGGAGUGAUGAAGAUGAUAAGGACACUGACUUCAUUGACAAUGUUGGACUCACUGUCAUCAUGCCGGGAGAUGAAUACUACAGUCCAGUUCACUCUGAAGGGAAAGGAAAAGAAACAGUGAAAUCAAAAAUAUCUCAACAAGAGGAUUGUACGAUUUUUCUGGCAAUCGGAGCAGCCAUGGGUUGUUUACUAAUUGUAGCUUCUUUAAUCAUGUGUAUCCUUGCACAUAAGCUUCAUCAGACUGUUCGAGCUUCGAGACAGGAAAAAUCUGAAAUUGUGUUACGAGAUACAAGAAGGAAGUUUGGGUUGGAAUCUAGAGCUGGUGGAAUAUAUAGAUCAGAGGCGCUGGAACCGAGGCAUUCAAAUCUUCUCAAGGCCAAUAGCAGAUCUAUAAAUGCAAAUAGUGAGUUCAGUUUACAGUUGGAUUCUAGGUUUGGAAAUAUAGGACUAAAUAGAUACGUAGCCAACCCAAUCCAUCAUAUUCAUGAGAAUAGUACAGUUCGGUUGGAGGAUCGUUCUCAUGAUCUUCCUCAUGAUCGUCCUGGUAAACCUGAUCUAGUUGAUCAUACAGACACUACCAGUGAUCUGAAUGAUCAGUUGAUCAGUGAAAUGAGGAAACGACUGAUUGAAAUGCAGGUUUCUCGGGAAAAAGAACGGGCCCAAGAUGAGAAUAGAUGGAUGGAAAACAGGUUUAAUUCUCCUAAUGAAGAUGUUCAUAUCAACUAUUCAAGUCUAACUGGAAUAGCUGCUCUAAGUUUUUCAGAAGAAAGUGACUUUAGUUCUGGUAGAGGCACUUCAGAUGAUUCGCCACGGUUCCGGGAUCGCCUUUGGAGAGAACUUUUAUAUUAGAAUUCGUUAUAUUUAAACUAAAAUUAUUUCUUUUGUAGAAAAAUAAUUUCAACUCAUAAAUUGAAAUACUCCAAACCUCCAUGUUUAUUGUGAAAUGUCUUCCAAUGGAGUGAUCAAAACUGCUGUGAAUAAUAAGUGUUAGUAUCUUAUAUUUUGUGUAGGAUUGUUGUUCUUUAGAUAAAAUAAAUUAAAAUUUUGAA